AUGGCAAAGACAGUAUCGCGGGGUGCCCCUAGAUCGGGUCUCUUUGGAGAUGAUUUCCGUACCAGCAAGAAGGAUAAGCGCCAGAUCAAGCAUUCGGCGCUGCUGUCCAAGAUUGAAAAACACAAGACCCCCAAGCGUCGACGUGCAUCAAAGAAACUCGCCACCAACCUCGAGUCCUUGGCCGACGCAUUGCCUGAAGCCGCUGAUGACUCCCAUGAUGCCUCGAGUCAAGUGAAUGUGAUCAAACAAAAGACAUUGAGGCACAAGCCGGGGGCGAUGAAGCGCCGUGAAAAGCUGGAGAAGGUGGAGCGGGACCGCUUUGCGAAAAACAUGGCUCAGAUGUCUGGCAUCACAACGGCCACUGACACCAAUCCGCAGUCAAAUUCGACGGGUAAUCGAUGGUCUGCGCUGCGGAGUUUCAUUUCGCAGACCAUGGAGCAGCAGCCUGCCUUUAAAGACAAGAAAUAG